AGACAGAGACAGAGACAGACCACGGGGGCUGCACGCGGACCAACGACACGCGUGUGCAAUACGCGAGAAAAUACUAUAAAUAGUUAUUUUUUUAAGCCUCUCCCAUUUAGAAUCGCGAACUUAUUGAGAGCCUGAAAGUGUUCUCGCGUGUUUUAGGUGACAUACAGUGCGGCAGUAUAGUCUGGGUGUGUCGAAACAGUGAUAAAUAUGGCGAACAGCGUAGCACCGGACUCAUGGGAACAGCAGGCUGAUAGCGGGGACGUAACUGUCGCCCCGGACAAGUCCCUCGAAAGCAAAUUCUCUACCCUCAACGUAAACGCAGCGGAAUUUGUGCCUUCCUUUUGCAUUAAUUCCUCACCCCAAAAUUCGCUUGGUGGUAGUUCCAGCGACGCAGCUACAACUGCAGUUAACACUGCAGAAACUUCCAUGCCUCCCGAAACUUAUCACGGGACAACCACACCAGCAGUUCCUCCCGAUCCGAUCAGCAUGAGAGUAGAGGAUCCACCUUCUGGAGGAGGAACGCCACCACCCCCAGAAAUGGCUGAUGCUGAAACACUUAACACCAGUCCUCAACAUCAACCAGCCGAUUCCUGGGAAGAAGCUGCAGUAGAUCCAGAUCCUCUCAUAACUCCAGAAAACGAAGAGGCUGAUAUCGAAGAAGAAGAUGAAAUGGUUGUAAAGAUCCCAAAGAAAAAGAUAAUCAAGGUAACAGAGGACACGAAGAGUAAAAAGGAACAUGUCAAUGUCGUUUUUAUUGGACAUGUGGAUGCUGGAAAGUCGACCAUUGGGGGUCAGAUCAUGGCUCUGACGGGAAUGGUUGACAAAAGAACAUUGGAGAAGUAUGAAAGAGAAGCCAAGGAGAGAAGCAGAGAAACCUGGUAUCUCAGCUGGGCACUCGACACCAACUCGGAAGAGCGGGAAAAGGGAAAGACAGUUGAGGUAGGCAGAGCCUAUUUUGAAACUGAGAGAAAACAUUUCACUAUCUUAGACGCGCCAGGACACAAAAGUUUCGUACCAAAUAUGAUCGGUGGAGCGGCGCAAGCGGAUCUCGCCGUUUUGGUUAUCUCUGCGCGAAAAGGCGAAUUUGAAACUGGUUUCGAUAGAGGUGGCCAAACCAGAGAGCACGCUAUGUUGGCUAAAACAGCUGGUGUUAAACAUUUGGUUGUAUUAGUAAAUAAAAUGGACGACCCAACCGUAGAAUGGGAUGAGGCGAGAUACAACGAGUGUAGAGACAAAAUAUUACCUUACCUACGUAAGUUAGGCUUCAAUCCAGCAAAGGAUUUGACGUUUAUGCCAGUCUCCGGUCAGCUUGGCAUAGGUUUGAAGGAUCCUAUUCCUGACAGUCUUUGCACUUGGUAUUCGGGCCCGCCUUUCAUACCCUUCAUAGAUUCCCUUCCCUCUUUAAAUCGAAAAAGUAAUGGUCCAUUUAUAAUGCCCAUCGUUGAUAAGUACAAGGAUAUGGGAACAGUAGUUAUGGGCAAAGUUGAAGCUGGAGAAGCAAAGAAAGGACAGUCUCUUCUUGUCAUGCCGAAUAGGACGGCAGUAACGGUUGAUCAAUUGUGGUCUGAUGAUGAAGAAGUCACUUCGGUGGGACCAGGAGAGAAUGUAAAAAUAAAAUUAAAGGGCAUAGAAGAAGAAGAUGUGAGUCCCGGCUUUGUUCUCUGCGAUAGUAACAAUCCAAUCAAGACGGGCAAAGUUUUCGAUGCACAAGUAGUAAUCUUAGAACAUAAAAGCAUUAUCUGUGCGGGAUACAGUGCUGUGAUGCACAUACAUUGUGCCGCUGAGGAAGUAACCGUGAGGGCACUCAUUUGUCUGGUAGACAAGAAAACUGGCGACAAAAGUAAGACGAGACCAAGGUUCGUCAAACAAGAUCAAGUGGCAAUAAUGAGAAUCGAAUGUGCGGGAGUUAUUUGCCUUGAAAAGUUCAAACUGUUUCAACAAAUGGGACGGUUCACCCUCAGGGACGAAAAUAAAACAAUUGCCAUCGGCAAGGUGCUGAAAGUGGUCGAGUAAGUUUGCUCAAAGUCGACUGCUGAUCAAAAAGCAAGCUCUUAAUCUGUGAAGGAAAAAAAGCAACGAUAGCAAGCCGAUCUUACGACACGCGAAACUAUCUCAAGAAAUACGUGUGACGCAUUGAGUAACUAUUAAAAAAAACCUCAUAGACACAUGUACACACGCAUGCGCGCGUUUGCACUUCCAUACACGACUACACACCGAUUUUUACAUGAGACGUUUUUUGAAAAAUAAGCAGAGAGAUAUAAGGGAAAUAUAUAUAAAUAUAUAUAUUAUAUACGAAGAAAAAGCUAUAUAACAAUCUAAGUGCAAGUCAUUUUUGAUUACGACGGAGAUAAAUCAGUCGCCGAUUAAAGAUUGCACAGUUUUUCUAGGAAAAGGACACUCGAUUUCAAAUGUUAAGAUAUCGCGACAAACGGUUAACGAUAAUCUAGUAACAAAGUCUUCGAUAACGCGGAGGAGAUAUUUUUUUCUUUAAAAAUACGCGAGAUAAAUAAGAAAUAAUGAAUACUGAUAAAAGAAAGAGCAGCGUUUAAAUGAAUAUUAUUAUUAUUGUAUUAUUUUUAGUUAUCAUGAAAUUGGUGGUUUAACGAGGGAGAAAUACCGAAAACGUAUCGAGGAAACACGUAGUUUGUGUUACACGGCAAUUUAUAACUACGAAAUGAUUACUAUUACUAAUUAAUAUUAUUAUUGUACUGUUUCUUAUUUUAUUAUCAUUAAAAACAAAUCUACAGCAAGUUUCAUCUUGAUUUUUAUCGAAGUCUUCAGUUUGUUUCAAGUCGUUGUUUAACAGUGUAUAGAUUGUUUUAAACAUGAAUGAAUUUUUAAUUUCGAUGAAAUAACGUUAUUAAAGCCGAUAUUAGCUAGGUAUGUGCAAACGGUACUAAGUUCAGGUACAAGAAUGCCAUUUAUUUACAGAAUGGUAGGCUUGGCAAACGCGAGGAAACUUUUAUUUUGCGUCGCAUUGAAAUGGAGACUGUAAAACACGGAUGUCCACUUAUUUGUUGCAAGUUUCGGGUUCUACAUUACUUUCUUCUGCUUUGCGAAGUGUUCUGUAAGCAAAAGAGCAGCGGGAAUCAUUCUCUUAAAGAAAUGCAACUUUUGUAAUAUUCACCCGUUUACAAUAUUUCAGAAAUGAGACAGGGAAACAGAUGUUCGAAGAAGCUGGAAAUCUACUUGUAAAAUAUAAAGAUUGGCAACGAGCCCAUUGUUAUUAUAUAAUAUUAUUGAUUAAAGUAAUAGUAUUGGUUAAUGAUUAUGAAAUGUCAGUGGGAUCCAAGAAAGUUAACGUAAUAACACGGGAGUCUCACGGGAACUGGCGUAUAUUUGAGAUUAUUUUUCUAAACAAAAAGUUGAAUUCUGAUGCAUUGAAGAUAAUAUAUGGAUUUCAAUUUGUAAAUUAUUUACGGCAUAUUUAAUUCUAGAGCUUUCAAAUUUGAUUGCCUUCAAUUCGAAGGCUGCUUGAUCUAAUGUAAUUUUAUUUUUAUUUAAUCUUAUGCUUUAGUUUCUUGGAAAAUUGUAAAAUGCUGUAAUAUAGGAAUGUACUUUUGAAAGCUUUCAGAUAACGUGACAAGAAAUUAUAUAAAUUAAAUAAAAUUGAAUAUAAAGAUUCCCAGGCGAUUGAGCGUGUACCACAGAUUAGAGCGGUUUUCCUCAUUUUAGAUGUCGUUGCGUUUAAUUUUGAAUUGUUCGAUUGUCAUUUUCUUAAUAGUCCAAACGAUGCACAGUAGAUAUUGAAAUUUUGUCUAAAUUGUUAUCAAGCUGAAAGUCGGUCGAAAUUUCCUACUAUUGCAAUAUCGUAAUUUAAAUCGUAAUAUAGAAUUUUCGAGUGUUAACACUUAAAAUAGUUUAAAUCAGAUUUUUAAUAUGUUUAAUAUUAAUAAGUUUAGCAUUGCGAUUUAAAUUACGACCAUUUAAGAAAAAUGACGAUAUCCAUGUUCGUAUCUCUAUAAUUUCAUAUGGAACCGAUAUCCAACGCCCAUAAACGGUUAGGAAAAAGAUUGAUAUGAACAAUUAAGCAGUACUGGAGAAAAUUGGACAAAAGUUCGAAAGAGUGUUAAAGAGCCCACCUUACAAGUUUUCUAAAUGUCAAAAGAAAACCUUCACACAUUUCAUGCUUUUGUUACAAUUUGAGAAAAAUUUAAAAGUAUGAUUUCACCUAUAAUUAUUUUGUAAGCAAUAAACAUUAAUUAAAUUUUUUCUUGAGUCGAACAAUGAUAAAUAAUAGUGAUUCAAAAAUGUCUAUGCGUUUUAUUCGAUACUUUUUACAAUCAAAGUGCCCAAAAAUGUUAUCCUAACCGGUCAACUGAAUGCUGACGACAGCCCAUGAUAUAAGUCAGCUUAGUAUACCAUAAAUUUCAUUUUUUGGAAAAAAGUAUGGCUUUAGUAAAUUAGGAAGAGAUUUUUAUGAGCAUCCGGUUACGGUGUCGAUGGGAUUCUUACACAGU